GAUUAAAAAAAGAACAGUGCUCUUUCUUUAUGUUUUACCUUUUCUUUUUCUCUCUUAUUUUUUUUCUUGAAUCAAACUAAAAUACAAUUGUCUAGAUUUGCAUUCACUACCUCUCUUAUCCCAUUUUCCUCUAUUCUCCCCCAUCAAAAAAAAAUGUGGAAUGCAGACUCCAUUUUCAAGAAUUGUUCUUGAUUGUUGAAUACAUUUCCCAACCUACCCACUCUACUCUAUUAGGGAUCGAUAUAUAUAGAUACAUAUAGAUACAUAUAUAGAUACAUACAUGCAUGUUCACACACCUAAAAUUAAACCAGUGAAAAAAAAGAUUCCAUUAGCUAGUAAUAUUGCUACACACAACAAAACCCAUCCCCCAUUUUCCCCCACUUCUUCUUCUCCAUAGUCACAUACUCAAACAUAAGCAAAUUUAAAGGGAAAAAAAAAGAUGCGUUUAGUUGGUGGUGGUGGUGGUGGGAUUUCUUGGUUUAUGUUCCUUGUCUUAUUCACUUGUUUCUCUCUCUAUCAAAUGAAACUAUCAAUGGGAGAUGGGCCGCCGCCGGCGGCGGAGAUGGUGCCGUUAGUGGAGGAGGGGAAAGCGGAGAUGGUGGUGGUGGUGGGGGUGGAGGAAAGGAGGAGGAAAUUGGAAAGUUUUCAGAUUUGUUCAUUGUGUACUUGCUGCGGCGGCGGCGGCGGCGGCGGAGGAGGAGAAAGCAGAAGCUACUGUUUGCCAUCACCGUGUUGCUAUGCAAUCAAUUGCAACAUACCAAACAGGCCCUUUGGUUUCUGCUCUUUCACUCCCAAGACUUGUAAUUGCUUCGGAUGCCAUAUCUAAUUUUAUUUUUAAUUUUUAUUAUUAUUAUUAUCUUGAUGAAUGUGUGGAAGGGAAUAUUUGUUUUUUUUUUUUUAAUUAUAAUAAUUUAAUUGUUGUAGUAAUUGUUUAUAAUUAUUGGUGGGGGCAGCAAUCUCUAGAUUUGGUUGCAUUUUCUUGAAGUAGCAAAAGCUUAGCUGGAAGCAACAAUGGCAGCACUACUUAGAAGAGGCUAUUAUUGUCUUAAAUGAUUAUAGUUUAUUAUUGUAAUGAUAAUCCAGAACUUCGAUAAAUUUAUAGUUUUGCUUAAAUAAUAAUUUAUUCUGGUUUA